GUUCAGUGCUCCCAUCCGAAAUUGCUCUUUGUCCAACCUAAGGUAUGACGUCACACAAGGGCCAUCCAUUAAAACGCGGCUUGGUCGUUCGUCUGUGUUGACAUUGUUUCACGAUGUCUAGCGUUGACGACAUUUAGGGGGACAUGAAGUUAAGGGAAAAACUGUGAUACAUUAUCAUAAGGUUAAAAUUGGUUUAAGACAUGGGAUGACUUUUAAGUAUAAGGAGCCUUUUGAGUCGGCAAGUGGGUUUACGGCCCUUACUCCGUUCGAAAGAAUAGAAACGUAAGUUUUUAGUUAUUUUAAGAUAAAUAAAAUAUAUAUGUUUAUCGAGUAAAGCAAUUCUAUUUGUAUUUACUUAACAAAGUGUGUGCUCUAUUACCAUUGAUAAGCAAAAAAGUCUAUUCAAACUAGUAGAGAUGAGUUUCCCCAAACCUUUGAGUUCAGCUGACCUGUGGACAUGUCUCCAAAUCACCGGGACAGGUGCCCGAUUUAUUAAUUACUAUUUAUUUAUUGAUUGGACCAUUUAUAUUCGUGUUGCGCUGGACCGGCAACGAAAGGCGGGCGGACCGGUACCGGGCCACUGGCCACCAUUUGGGGAACACUGUAACAAGGGUCGAUUUAAGGCCUUUGUAAAAUUUUGAAUGCUCGAUUUUAAAUUGUGCACAAGCGCAAAUCCUUAGAGGUUUUCAAGGGCUCUCUGACCUGUGUUUUGUUUAUACUUACAAUGUGCGUCUAGUUUAUGUAACUAAGCAGCACCAACGAUCCUCCUAAAGUUUAUGCUUCAGCCACUCGAGAAAAUAUUAAAACCGAAAAAAAUUGGAAUAAUGUCUCGUAUGACCAAACAUUUCAAAAUACAAUAUAUUGUUUAAAUGACAGUUGCAACAGCCUAUUUAAAAAAAAAUAAUAAUAUGGGAUUCAAAUGAGUAAGCUCUUCAAACCAAAGUCAGACAUUACAACACAAAUGUCAGAACAAUCCUAAUCCAUGGAGCCGAAACGUGAAAAAACAAAGGAGAGCAUUACGCAGGAAGUUCAGACCUUCAACAGCAUUUGCCUGAGAAAGAUCCCGAACAUAAAACGUCAAAAUAAGGGCGAAACAAAAGGCGUGGCGAAAUACAGGGCAAAAGGCGUGGCGAAAUACAGGGCAAAAGGCGUGGCGAAAUACAGGGCAAAAGGCGUGGCGAAAUACAGGGCAAAAGGCGUGGCGAAAUACAGGGCAAAAGGCGUGGCGAAAUACAGGGCAAAAGGCGUGGCGAAAUACAGGGCAAAAGGCGUGGCGAAAUACCGGGCAAAAGGCGUGGCGAAAUACCGGGCAAAAGGCGUGGCGAAAUACCGGGCAAAAGGCGUAUGUAAAUCAGUAAAUCACAAAACAAUACAACAGAACGGACACACAUUCCAUCAAAUGAAGCGCUGCACUGUACAGCGAUUUCGGUUGGUAUUUAUUGAACAUUAAUGCAGCCACCACUCUCUGAGUUAACUGUUCCAACCGAAGCACCUUUCAGCUGUUAUGAAAUAAUUCGUCAAGGGACCUUUCAGAUGAUAUGGGACCUUUCAUGAUGUCAUCGAUCCCAUCGGUCACGUGAACCUCAGCAGCAGAGUUCUGAAUUGCAAAUGGCGGCAGCGUUGUUGUGCAGCGCGCGUGAAGUGCCCUCAAAGUGCACGGAAACCCCGAGAGUGACGGUUGAAAUGUCAAGGUCAGGCUGUUGUGACACUUCAGUUUAAUGAAGCCAUCGAUGUGACAGUUCGGAGUACGAUUCAAUGGGCGCCUGCUUCCAUAGUCAGGUGACUUUUGAUAUGUCUGUACUUAUUUUACAGAUACUACUCUACACAUAAAUUGUUAAUGAUGACAAAAAUAUCGUCACCGGGUUUCAAAUAGACAGUCAUAUUGUCUCAGAGGCAAACCUUUUGUAAGACAUCUGUCUCAACCGCUAGUGGUGUAGGAAUUGACGUAGAGAUUUUCUGUUAACUUUUUUACCAACUGAAUAUUUUACAAAAGCAAAAGGAUUGGAGACAGAGAUAGACGUGAUAGACAGACAGACUGACAGACUGACGGACAGAAAGACAGACGGACGGACGGACGGAUGGACCGAUGGACAAAUAGAUAGAUAGAUAGAUAGAUAGAUAGAUAGAUAGAUAGAUAGAUGGAUGGAUGGAUGGAUGGAUGGAUCCUACCUACCUACCUACCUACCUACCUACCUACCUACCUACCUACCUUGGAUGGAUGGAUGGAUGGAUGGAUGGAUGGAUGGAUGGAUGGAUGGAUGGAUGGAUGGAUGGAUGAUGGAUGGAUGGAUGGAUGGAUGGAUGGAUGGAUGGAUGGAUGGAUGGAUGGAUGAUGGAUGGAUGGAUGAUGGAUGGAUGGAUGAUGGAUGAAUGGAUGGAUGGAUCAAUGGAAUAGAUAAAUAUAUAUUUAACCUUUAACCAACUUUAAACUGAAUUUCCUCUUGCUGUCCUCCACAUACUCAUGUUCUUGGAUUAAAAACUAAAUCAAUCAUUAAGUGAAAUCUUAAUUAACUUGCACCCAUUAUGUAGGAUUUAUGACGCGUACACAACAUAAUUGUUCAAACAUAAAUACAGUUUUUUUUUAAAUUUGAACUUCAUGUGCGAAAUAUUAAUUUAAGUUCGUGCAGUGGAUGUCUAAGAUAAAAGUAAGACACCACAGUGUUCGCAGGGUUGGCGGCGGAGUCAAAACUGCUAUUGCGACAUCUAGGACUUGUAACUUCGUCAUAUCGAUUCUUGUGGCAAAUAUAGAUUGGGGGAGCACUUGUCAAGUUUCGUUCAUAUGUUGGCGCUCCCUUACAGCAUUAAAAGAAUAAGGAAUCGCAUUAAAAUCACAUUGCUAUCAGUUGAAGCAGGCCACACUUUGCAGUGAAUGACAUGUAAGAAUUUCAAAACAGUCAACUUAAAAAUUAUGUGGGCUUGUGGGAUAAUCGACAAAAUAAUUGUCACCAGCAGUUUGAGGUGAACACAGAGAUUGACCAGCUCUGAGAGAGUGAGUGAGUGAGAGAGAGAGAGAGGGAGAGAGAGAGAGAAAAAAAAAAAGAGAAUGAACAGAGAAAGGAAUAUAGAUAGAUCACAUAUUCAAAGAGGAAAGUUAGAUAGAAAGAGGAAAUGUGGUGACAGACUGACGCAUGGACAGAUACAACAUAGAGAGAGAGAGAGAGAGAGAGAGAGAGAGUGUGUUGACACUGUCCAUGUCCACCAAAGCAUGACCAGGCUGUUGACAUCGAUUUAUGCAGACGACCUUGAUCUGGGAUCACCGUAAAAAUAAAAUCAUUAUUAUAAUUCUCCCAGUUUUGUUUAUCUAGGUCAGGGCCAGUGUGGGAGCCACGUCGGCAAAGGCAUUACACUUUCUAUCAGUUUUCUAUUGACACCCUGUAAAGCCACACACAUAUCUACACAUGUAAACAAACACCUUGCUCUGUAUUGAUAUUACACAGUACGUGCACUUUACCUCACUGUUUGUAACCCUGUCUCCCCCAGACAUGUCAUAGUACCGAGACAGGUAGACCGACCUGUGCACUGCACCGACUAACAAGGUACUCCAGUGUUAGUUUACUAAUGACUUUCCACAUUGAAUUUUUUUUUCAAUGUUCCUAUUAGGCAAUGUUUCAACAGGACGGAGUUAUUUUGUGCUCAGUGAUCCCACCUACAAAAAUAAAUGAUUUCGAUUGUUAUUUACAAAAAAUAUAACUUUUUUUCCCCAUCGAUAAAGGAGAUACACUCGCGAGCCACUCCGGUAGUGUAAUAGGGAAGUGUGAAAAUGGUGCUAGUUAUGUUGAAACAUGGUCUAUAGAGGAGAACAACUAAAAAAAUAUGUCUAUUUCAUCACGUGCCACCUCACAGAGAACUCAUUGCUUUCAAUUUAAAAGUAAUACAGAUCUUAAUCUUAUGGCCCGGGGGGGGGGGGGGGGGGGGGUUAUAGCCUGCCCAAAAACGCAAAAAUCAUGACGUCAAUCUAACAAUCACUGGGUAAGGAACUCGUUGGAACCGACAGUGUGACUCGUUACACACUGAAAUUUGCACCAUGGGUAAAAAGUAAUGACCCGCAGAACUCUACAAGAUUUGCAUUGCGCGUUAUCACACAGGUAAUAUGUCGUGAUUUUAAAACAGAGCUUCAACGAUAAUAGUUGAAGCAAUUAUCAUUUCAACCAGAGCCGUAGUGAUAACAUUUCUCCAUCGGAGCGAGUAUUGGAAAAGAAAAGAAUAUCUCUGGCCGUGCAGCGGUACAUAUUUUAAAAAACAACAACUGCAGAUUGCCUUACUAAAUCCAAUAGUAGAAUAAAGUAUGCGGAAGCUUGAAUAUAAGAGACAGGACAAUAAGAUGUGAACGUUUCGGCUAGGAGCCUUCCUCAGCAAACAAAAUGCGACAAGAAACAUAGCAUAAUGUCAACUUCGCUUUUGUGUGUUUAGGGCAAAAUCUUCGGGCGGCUAUUUGACCUACUUCCCGUCAACCUAUCAAGCUGAAAUUUGACACACAGACUUUUAGCUGAUAAUAGAUUCUAUCAAAUUUUCAUCCCCAUACCCCCCACAAUAAGUUAUUCAUGUUUUUUUCAAUGGAAGAUAAAGGAACUAUGAUGCCACUACUUUCAUGAAAUAAAACUCCCGAUAACUGCGCAAAUUGAGAUUCUUUUUUUUUUAAUUGCGUUUGUUGCGUAAUUUUUUAUUUUCUUUGUUUUUUUCUGAAAUAUUUGGUGGAAAAAAAAUAUGUAUUGUAAAAGCGGGUGUGACUUUAUUAAUAUAAAAAUAAAAUAAUAAAAACAUUUUGUCACGGAUUUAUAAGAGAAACGUUGUUUUUAUGGGUUGGUUAAUUUUUUAUGUUUGUUUUUAAUUUUUCAAAGCUUGAGGUCUUAAACUCGGUGCUAAGAGUCUGGAAUCCCCUGGAUUAUUCAAUAUUAAGAUAGGAUAUCCCGACUGAAAAUUUUCAAUUUGUUUUUUUGUUUCAUGUGUUAACAUUUGUUUCUCUUUGUUACAGUAACGACAGCAGCAACCCCUCCUCUCUAGUGUCAUAUGUUAACAUUUGUUCCCUUUGUUACAGUAACGACAGCAGCAACCCCUCGUCUCUAGUUUCAUGUGUUAACAUGUGUUUCUCUUUGUUACAGUAACGACAGCAGCAACCCUUCCUCUCUAGUAUCAUGUGUUAACAUUUGUUCCCUUUGUUACAGUAACGACAGCAGCAACCCCUCCUCUCUAGUGUCAUGUGUUAACAUUUGUUUCUCUUUGUUACAGUAACGACAGCAGCAACCCCUCCUCCCUUGUUUCUCUUUGUUACAGUAACGACAGCAGCAACCCCUCCUCUCUUGUUUCUUUUUGUUACAGUAACGACAGCAGCAACCCCUCCUCUCCAGUGGACACACGGUGUAACGAUUCCGGGUUUUUCGACUCCACGCGUCAUCAAAGAUCCAAUUCCAAGAAACACUUACGUCACGACUAUGCAAGGUCGAAGAAACGGAACAUCUUCAGGACGUACGAACCGAACGGUGGGGAGUCCACCCUGGAAAGUAGAAGGAACAGCCUGAAGGAAAUGCGGCAGUUCCGCUCCC